AUGGCUUCGGAAAAAAGUACACUGAUUUUCUGGGUUAUGCUUGCUUUAUGUGGUGUUUGUUUUGGUGCUGUGUAUAGAGUUGGUGACUCUAGUGGGUGGUCUUCUAGAGGCCUCGUUGAUUACAACGAGUGGACUUCAACAAAAGACUUCCAUGUUGGCGACACACUCAUAUUUUCUUAUAACAAUCAAUUUCACAACGUGAUGCGAGUUACUGACCAAGAUUAUGAAUCUUGCAACCCUACCUCUCCAGUCGCAGUCUAUACAUCAGGAUCUGACAACAUCACCCUUGAUGGGCCUGGCAACUUUUACUUUUUGUGUGGUGCUCCUGGUCAUUGUCUAGCCGGACAAAGGGUUGAGAUCACGGCUACCGUACCUACACCAGAUGACUCAUUUAUAAGUCCAAGCCCAACACCUUACGGAUCCUCUGAUUCUGAAGAGAUGUCGCCAAGCUCGGCCCUAAGCAGUGGUCAUGCUCUUCAUUUUUCGAAACUUGAGUUGGGGGCCACCAUGUUUGUGUUAUCUACUCUUUUGGGAUUUGUAUUUUAG